GGAGCAGGCAGUUUUGCAUCAUCCACACCAAGAGAAGGUCUCAGUGUUUGCUGCAGAACUUUACAUUGUGACUUUUUGGAGACAACACAAUGGCUACAGGGGAAGAAACAAACAAGUCCCAUCUGGAGCGACUUAGCAGCAACAAUUCCAUGUUGAGCUUCUCAUCGGUGGGCUCAGACAUCCUGUCCACAGCCACCACUGCCAACUGUGAGAUAGCUCUGCUACCCCUGAAACUGCUCGUAGAUCUGCAAUCCAACUACCUGACCCUGGAGGAUGACAUGCUGACCUCUAAUAACGGCACAGGAGGCUUCAACCUGUUUAGUGACGGCUCUGCCCUCAUUGAUGGUUGUCAAUGCAAGAUUAAUAAUUAUAUCCAGAGAAAAGUCACUCUACGCAGUCAUGCAGAUUAUAAGGAUUACAGAGAAACGAUGUUAGCAAAGCCCAUGUUAUUUAUAACAAAUGCCAAAAAAGUCAACAGCACCUCUACCACAGCUAAAACAUUUGCCGUCAUUGUAAAUACACGACAUCCACAGAUCAGAACCAGGCUGGAAGCUGGUAUGAACGAUGUUAUAUCCUCCGUUAUGGGAGAAAAUUAUCAACUACAGUUUAACCUUUACAACGAUGUAAGAGAGUACCUUCAGAGGCAAGACUUUGUCCUGACAGAAGACAACCUGAGUUUUUCAUACACUUUCAAGCUUGAUGUCCUUGUGGAUUUCUUCUACUGGUUUGGUUUGAGCAAGAAAACGUGCGAUUUGCACGGGAAGCUUCUGAACCUGCACUGUACAAACAAUAGCAGGAAAGAGAGAGUGAGACUGUUCCUGUCAAAGAUGACCACACCAUUAAUCAGAUUAGGCAGCAGUUUGGAUCAUGAUCGGAGACCAAGUAUAUUCUCUUUGGACAUAAUCACCGAAGAUCCUUUUAUGCAAGAAGAAGAUGUCACCGAUACGGCCCCUGUUCUGCAGCUGAACUCGGAAAUAGAACAAGCUGGAUAAAUACUGAGCUGAAUGCAGAGAGAGGACAUUAUGGCUAAUAUUGAAAUUAUCAUAAAACUGGCCAACUGGCUUUGAUGUUACAGAUUUUCUUUAGUUAACGUUUUAUGUUACCGACAAAGUCGAGGCAGUUCAAUUAGGCACAACCAUUACUGAUGAGCUUGGUCUGAAAUGAUCCAUCAGAAGUUUCGGACUAUGUCAGCAGUCACCAGCCCUGACACACCUACACGCCAGGGUCCAUUUCAGAAACUUGUUUGGUGCAGUAACCCUGGUAAUGGGUAAACUUUUCUUUUUUUCCACCCUGUAUGUACAUCAGUAAGUGGGUAAUUCUGGGAGAGGGUUUGUGGUGUGUACUUUUCAUAAACUGAUAAACCAUGUUGUAUUAUAAAAGCACUUAAUGGGGUUGUCUGCUUUGGAUAACCCCUCUUUAUUAGAAGAGUUUCUCCAAUGAUAAGGUGAUUACCGGGUGUCCUCCUGCAGAGUUCCCUGAUGUCAUCUGUGGGGAGAUCAGGCAGCAAGUAUUUUAUUUCCCUACAGUGCCCCUACAGGGGAAAUUAAGCAUUACAAAAUGCACAUUGAAUGCACUGCCAGCAUAAUGCAAGGAUAAGCAGAAUCCUGUAGAAUGAGAGACGCUCUGUGUAGGGAGGGUUAUAUUCAUAUGUCCUAACAGGUAAUAUUACUUUUAAUUUAGAUUAUCAAACUGCACAAACUUAAAUAUGAAAAUCUUUGUUAAGUAACUUUUUAAAGCAAAUAUACAGUGACAAUAUAUUGCACUUCUGGUUUUCUAACCCCUUGGUGACAUCUGCAGCCCAGAGUGACCAGGAUCAGAGAGAACUUCAAACCCAGUCAUUGGAUGGUGGCAUGUUCAAGUUCCCUAGACUAAAAGUAAAAAAAAAAAAAAGUAAAAAUAUACCUCCCAUUCAGCGUAUUAAAAAUUUAAAUUAUCCUCUUUUCCCAAUUUGAUAUAUAAAGAUAAACAAUUAAAAAUAACAUACUGUCCGACAAUGUCCAAACUAUUAAAAUAUAAAAGUGUUCAUCCUUCAUGUGGUACAUCUAAAUCAUACAUUUUUGGUCACCUUUGAAUAAAAAGUAAUAAAAAAAAUCAUAUGCAUCCCAAAAUACAGGGGAAACUCGAAAAAUAUGAAUAUCGUGCAAA